GGGGAAAGACCAUGACUGUGAGUCAGUGCUGGGAGAGCUUUGCCCACCCUGCUCAGGCUCCAUGCUUUUCCCCCUGACAGGGAGAUGCGCCGCCAAUUGACCCCCUCCCAUUCCCCACUGGCAAUCCACCUGCUGGGGCUGCUCAGCACUGAGGACCCCCGUUGGGAGCUGCCUGCCCUGGAGUUCCUUGUGGAGGUCCUGGACUAUCUGGACACAAGGAGAUGUCAGAGCAGUGUUGAGCAGAUCCUGUCAAGGCACCUGCAGAGCCAGUGCCCAGAGAGACGUCGCCUGGCUCUCCGAGGCCGCAUGGUGCUCUGGAUGGAUCUGUCAAUGGCCCAAAGCAUCUGCAGCCUGUCUCAACACCUCCUGGAGCUGCUGCCUGAUGAAGAUGGAGAGCUGGUCGUGAUGACCCUCUCUGUGUUUGUGAAUAUGCUCCGGGACAAAGACAUGCAGGCAUUCAUCUCCACUGCCCCCAAGCUGGCUGAGGCGCUCCAACCACUCUUUGACAACCUGUCCUCCUUUCGCUUCUUCCAAACGGUGAUGGAGGUACUGGUGGAAGGGGGAACAAGGCCCUUGGAGAUGCAGAUGCAUCAGACCCUGGUGCUGUGGUUCUUCCUGCAGUAUGAUGAGCACCAGUGCGUGGCAGAGGUGCCGACCAUCGUGAGAUCCAUGCACCAGUGCCUCACCUCCCACAUGGUUCCAGGGGUCACGAUGCACACCAACAUCUGCAGGCUCGCUGAGGCACACCCACGUGAUGUGGUGAUGACUCUCCUGCGCUGUGCCCCAGAGUGUGACAGGUACAGGGCCCAGCUGCCUUGCUGCCUCAGGGAUCACCAACCCCUCACCCUGGAGAGCCUGUCCCGUGUGGUCUGCCAGACAGAUGGAGACUUCCAGGACGCUCAGGCCCCUCCAUUUCCCAGCCUUGGCCUGUCAGCCCCCAAUCCUACUGCCAUGUGCCCUCCCUGCUCCUAG